AGGCCCCACCUCCAGACCCGGCGUCCGCGGGCACAGGCCUCAGACCUGCCCGCGGUAGGCCCCGCCCCCGCCCCGCCCCCUGUACGCGCUCGGCUGGGCUCGGCUCGGCAGCCGGCGGGACGCGGCGGCGGCGGCGGCACUCUCGCUCCUUUGUGCUCAGGCGACGGCCUCUCGGGUCCUCACCCGCGCGUCCUCUCGGCCAGCUAGCCCGCGCUCUCCGGUGACGGACCAUGUCGACGGCAGGAGCGGGCGCAGGCGUGGAGGCGGGCUUCUCCAGCGAGGAGCUGUUGUCGCUCCGCUUCCCGCUGCACCGCGCCUGCCGCGACGGGGACCUGGCCGCGCUCUGCUCUCUGUUGCAGCAGACGCCGCGCGCCCACCUGGCCGCCGAAGACUCCUUCUACGGCUGGACGCCCGUGCACUGGGCCGCGCACUUCGGCAAGUUGGACUGCCUGAUCCAGUUGGUGAGAGCUGGGGCCACUCUGGACGUGUCCACGACGCGCUACGCACAGACCCCAGCCCACAUCGCCGCUUUCGGGGGACACCCUCAGUGCCUCAUCUGGUUGAUCCAAGCUGGAGCCAGCAUUAACAAACCGGACUGUGAGGGCGAGACCCCCAUUCACAAGGCGGCCCGCUCUGGGAGCCUGGACUGCGUCAGCGCCCUGGUGGCUAACGGGGCUCACGUCGACCUGAGGAACGCCAGUGGCCUGACUGCAGCAGACAUUGCCCACACCCAGGGUUUCCAAGAGUGCACCCAGUUUCUCUCGAACCUGCAGAAUUGUCAUCUGAACCGUUUCUAUAAUAAUGGCACCUUAAAUGGGGGCCAGCAGAACAUAUUUCCUAAUCAUACUAGUGUGGGAGCACAUCGCAAGAGAUGCUUGGAAGACCCGGAACCCUUUGGAGUAAAGAAGGCUAGGACCGAAGCUCAGAGCUCGGACUACUGCGUGCCGCUGGAGAAUGGCGAGACGGAAGACGAUGCGGACAGAAUGCUCGUCGACAGAGAGUGUGCUGCUGUAACAGAUGUGAAAAACAGUAGCUCCGUGUCGAAUACAUUGACAAACGGAUGUGCCAUCAAUGGACACUUGGACUUCCCCUCCACGACACAGCUCAGUGGGAUGGAAAGCAGGAAUGACCAGUGCUUGACAGGAUCUAAUGGAAUUAGCAACGGAUUAGUGCCAGGACGGCCUUUUCCGAGUAGUCAGGGUUCUGUUUGUAUUAAUGGGACCGAGGAACCGGAAAAGACCGUGAGCGUUAACGCGGAGAUGUGCGGCUCUCUGCACCUGAACGGGAGUCCGAGUAGCUGCGUAGCUAAUAGACCUUCAUGGGUGGAGGACAUCGAUGAGAGUCUGCACUAUGGGCACUACCAUGGCUUUGGGGACACUGCCGAAAGCAUCCCUGAGCUCCACAGCGUGGCAGAGCGCCCCGGCUCCGCGAAGGGGGGAGACAGACACGGCAGCGGCGCCCUGGGGGCCAUGCACCUGUACCACGGCUCUUAGAGACACACUCGCCCCCACCCCCCUGCAGUAGCCAGCUCAGUCCUGGAGUGGCAUCGAUUUGAGGGAAUGCUGCGACUUGUACUAUUUUUUUAUACUUUAGCUUUCUGGAAAAAAUGAGCUUUUAUUGGAAAAGUUCCUCCCAAGUCCCUAUUGUAUGCACGCGUAGGGCUUAUUAAGUGCAUAGCUGUUUCUUUCACAGGAUGGUGAGCCUCUUCUGGAGUUUAAUUUUUCUCCCGCCAGCCGCAGUGUUUUCUUUUGAAUACCGUCACCUUAAUUGCCAUUAUUCCUUCAGUCAAAUUAAAUUAUAUCUGAUCAACAUAAAUUGGGGCCAGAAAAUGAGGUGCCUGGUGAUUCAACUCCUUGCACAUAGUGAUUUUGAAGAGCUUGCUUUUACUCUUUCCUGUAGAAUUUGUGACAGAAGACAGCUCUUUCCCUAUGCAAAGUAUAGCCUUACAAAGAUUUCUUGAAGAGAAUGUUUGAUUUUUCAGUCUUUUCAUGGAAACUUUGAGACUUGCCGUGUGGUGAGGUCUUGCUUAGAGCCACACAUAGUGGUUCGGGGGUGUGAGCGGCCCCUUCUUUAAAGCCGUGGCUCCCUGCCCUGGAUUUCAUUGAAAAUACGUGCAGCCCGGGACUGACCUAUGAUAUUAUUCCACAUUUCUUGCUUUGUCUCUACACCUUUUACCACAGAUAACGGUUUCCUUUAUAGGUAGUGGAAAUUACUCUUUGUAGGAACUGCCAGGUCAGAAUGUUUAACUGACUUUUUGACUUAUAUUUUCUUUUUUCCUCGUUUUUGUUUUUUGGGGUUUUCUGCUUUAAAAUGUAUACCACUAUGUAUAUCCAGUCAACUGAGAGAAUUUCGGAUCUCUCUUAAUAAAACUGCACUAAGUUUAUGGUUUUAUAGAAAUUAGCUUUUGUUUAGGCAACUAGUGGUCACACUGUGCAAAUAUUGUAAUGAAUUUUUACUUUUCUGAUUUUUGUAAUAAAAAUUGGUGAAGAUCGAGAAAAUGUCAGAUGAACAAACCAAUGUUCUAAGAGUGUAACUAACAUGUUGUUUUUAAACUGUUCUUUACAAAUUGAAUAAAAAACUCUCACACUCGA